AUGAGUCGACUUGCCUGCAUGUGUGUAAGCGCCCGGCCGGCAGUAACCAGACGAGACGAGACGAGACGAGACGAGACGGAAAGAAACGAAACGCAGGCCGGAAAGUCCCGGCGUAUUCCUUUCUUUCUUUUGUAUACUUGGCUGUGUCGCUGGCUGGAUGGAUGGCUGGCUGGGCGUGUGAGAGAUGGCUGGAGUGGUCGUGGCCCUGGUGAUGUGUUGGAGUUGGCAACUGGGCUGUGCGAGAGGUACGGAAGAGACUUCGGUGGUGAGACGGAUGCUCCGAGACGAGAGGGAGAGUUAAGAGGGAGGAAAGGGAAGAGGGAAGCGCCAAGGGUGGCAGGAUGCGCGGCAGACAAGCAGUAG